CUGUUAUAGACAGCCCGGCAGUUCUGUUACUCUAUCUUAGCAUGUCAUUAGAAGGCAUGGCAGUGAUUUAAAUAUUGUUAUUUGUGUCUGAAUGUCGGAGACUAGCGCAGUGCCAGCAAGUGAACCUACACCGGUUAAAAUGGGUGUGUUACAACGGUUUGUUGACCAGGUUACCAGAAAGAAGACCAUCAGUGAAGAUUUCCAUGAAACAUCCUUAAGAAAAUGUUUGACGACCUUCGACAUCACGUUGUUAGGCAUAGGGCACAUGGUUGGUGCUGGUAUCUACGUGCUUACUGGAGCCGUAGUUAGACUCAAAGCUGGUCCCUCAACCGUACUUUCGUAUUUCUUUGCUGGUAUGACCGCUUUUUUGUCGGCUUUGUGUUAUGCAGAAUUUGGUGCCAGAGUACCAAAAGCUGGAUCAGCCUAUUCAUACACCUACGUUACAGUCGGAGAAAUUUGGGGAUUUGUAAUUGGUUGGAAUAUUCUUUUGGAGCACAUCAUCGGCGCAGCUGCUGUAGCGCGAGCCUGGAGUGCAUCUUUUGAUUCUCUGCUUCACCAAGCAAUCCGGAAUGGAACGAUAACUCAUAUUGGUUACCUUGGCAAAGAUAGUGUUUGGUUUUCUGAAUAUCCUGAUUUCCUGGCAUGUCUGUUCGCCAUAGUAAUGUUUUGCGUGGUAGCAACGGGUGCGAAGUUCAGUAUCCGCUUCAAUUCGGUGUUUACCAUAUUCAAUGGUGGUGUUAUCUUGUUUAUUAUAUGCGCCGGUCUAUACUUUGCGGAUACCAAUAAUUGGUCAAAUACGGACAACGGUGGCUUCUUUCCUUUUGGAUUCACUGGAACCUUGGCUGGGGCAGCUUCUUGCUUCUUCGCCUACAUCGGAUUUGAGGGUAUCGCUGUAUCCGGCGAGGAGUCCAAGCAUCCCGAGAAGUCGAUUCCCAUAGCAACCGGGGUGUCUCUUCUGGUUGUGACCUUUAUCUACAUGUUAGUAAGCGUAACCUUGACCUUAAUGAUACCAUACACAAUGACUGACACUUCGGCAGCAUUCCCUUUGGCAUUCGCAGCACGAGGCGCCUACUGGGCAAAAUACAUCGUAGCCCUGGGAACUUUAUUUGGUCUCUCUACGUCAAUGUUGGGAACAGCGUUUUCAUUACCCCGAUCCGUUUAUGCCAUGGCUAACGAUGGCUUACUGUUCGAAUGUUUCGCUCGAGUACAUCCAAAAACGCAGACACCUCUGUACGCCGUGGGAGUAUUUGGGUUUAUAUCAUGUCUGAUGGCAUUAUUUUUUGACAUAGAUACUUUGAUCGAAUUUAUGUCUAUCGGAACUUUAACCGCUUACACCAUAGUGGCCGCAUGUAUUAUUAUAUUACGUUAUUUACCCGUCUCCAAAUGCCAGUUUGAACUGAAACCGGAAGAAGUUGCGGGCAAAGAAGAAGAUUACGCGACAGAAAAUAGUACUAUUCUUAAAAAGUCCAAGAGCCAUGACGAUUUCGGACGCUUAAGGCAAAGAUUGAAAAAUAUACCCAUAUUAAGAAAUUAUGAACCUGGUGACGCAGUUGUUAUCGCAGUGGUUCUGAUGACAAUCUCCAUGGCAUUAUUUACGUCUACCUUAAUUUAUGGAAUGCCGUUACUGAAGGCGGGAACUUGGUGGCUGGUCAUAUUUAUGUUAUUGUUUGGCGCCAUGGUGGUUUUCUCCUACAUGAUUAUUAUAGCGCAUGAGCAGAAUGACGCUUUUAUGACAUUUCAGAUACCAUUCGUUCCUCUGCUACCUGCUGUCAGUAUAUUUCUUAACUUAGCUCUGAUGUUUUCGCUUUCAUACCUCACCUGGAUUCGUCUUGUAAUAUGGAUGGCCAUAGGUUUACUGGUGUAUUUCUUGUAUGGUAUGCAUCACAGCCGAGAAAACCGUACAGCCAGUGGUUAUGGACAUAUUGUAGAGAUGCCAACAGAUAGCGUCACUGGAGCCGCAAUACCAAACUUAGAUGAAGAUAUCCGAGAACAACAACCACCUAGAAAAGACGAGGGUUCAGUGUAAUAUUAAUGGUAAGAUACUGGGUUUUUAUUAUUAUUAUACAAUAUGGUGUCUGACUGCAUGCUGUUAUGGAAUAUUUAAUUGUUUUUCUAACAUUAUUUAUUCAAUAAAUAGAAUAUGCGAUUAUGGGAUCUAAAAAUAGUCUAGAAUGCCUACAAAUUCAUUCCCCGUAAAAAAAAUUAUAUA